AAUUUGUAUUAUAUUUACCAAUUUUUUCGUUAGUAUAAAUUUCUAUAUUAACGUACGCAGUCGCACAUAAUUCCCAAGUAGGAAACCCCGCUAAGCCCAUUCUUCUCUUCUGUGUGAAAAUGGAGGAUUGCAUAGUUUUAUACCCUUCUCCAGGCAGAGGCCAUCUAAUCUCCAUGGUAGAGCUUGGCAAACUCAUACUCAAACAUCACCCAUCUUUCUCCAUCACAAUCCUUAUCUUAAGCAAACCAAAUACAAAUACUGGUUCCACCGCACCCCAAUAUGUAGCCAGCUCUACCACCCAAUACAUGGCCACAGUCAAUUCCACCGCCCCAUCUAUCAAUUUCCACCACCUCCCUCCCAUUUCUGAAGUCGCACAUAGUACUCCUUCCCCUGUAGAACUGAACUACUUGAUCCCACGCCUCAACAACCCAAAUCUCCACCAAACCCUCAAAACUAUUUCCCAAACCUCCAAACUCAAAGCCUUUAUCAUUGAUUUCUUCUGUGAUGCUGCUUUUGAAGUGGCCUCAAACCUUACCAUCCCCACAUACUAUUUCUUCACCUCUAGCCCAAGUAGUCUAGCCUUGUUUCUUUACCGCCCCACCUUGCAUAAAAAUAAGGAUCAAAGCUUCAAAGAUCUCAAUAAUAUGAUUCUAGAUGAUAUUCCCGGCUUACCUCCUAUCUGGGUUUCAGACUUGCCGAAAGAUAUGUUCGAUCGCACUAGUAAAGUGUACGAAUAUUUUCUUAAUACGGCAGCCCACAUGGCCAAAUCAAAUGGACUUGUUCUAAACACGUUCGACUUGCUCGAAACAAAAGCUACCAAGGCAAUCUCUGGUGGACUAUGUGUCCCAGAUGGACGAACUCCGCCAAUUUUCUGUAUUGGACCUUUGAUAUCGAACACCAAUCAAGAUGGAGAAGUGCACGAGUGUUUGAAUUGGCUAAACUCGCAACCGAGUCGAAGCGUUGUGUUUCUAUGUUUUGGAAGCUUGGGAUCGUUUUCAGAGAAACAGGUGAAAGAAAUUGCGGUGGGUUUAGAAAAUAGCGGUCAAAGAUUUUUGUGGGUUGUGAGAAAUCCACCACCGGAUAAGGAUAAAGAUCCAAACUUGGAUGAAUUGCUACCAAAGGGUUUCCUGGAAAGGACCAAAGAUAAGGGAUUUGUGGUGAAACAAUGGGCUCCACAAGUGGCAGUGCUGAGUCAUGAGUCAGUAGGUGGGUUCGUGACUCACUGUGGGUGGAACUCAGUGCUUGAAGCGGUUUGGUGUGGAGUGCCUACGGUUGGUUGGCCUUUGUACGCGGAGCAAAGGUUGAAUAGGACGGUCUUGGUGGAGGAAACAAAGUUAGCGUUGGGGCUAAACGAUUCGGCAGAUGGGUUUGUGAGUGCAACUGAGUUGGAGAAGCGAGUGACUGAGUUAAUGCAGUCGGAAGUGGGGACAGAGGUGAGAGAAAGAGUUUUGGAUUUGAGAGAUAAAGCUGUGGCUGCUGUGAAAGAAGGUGGGUCCUCUCAUAUUGCAUUGGCGAAGUUGGCUGAGUUGUGGAGGCAAAACUAGCACGAGUUCGCUCAGCUAAUCUAACUCGGUGAGCUAUUCAAUUCCACUGUUCUUUCUUUGCCACUGUUUCCAUUAUUGAAUUUUAUUUAGCUGUUGGUGUACAUCACAAUUCACCGCACGUGUUUAUCAUGGAUUUACUAUUUAAGGGCACAUUAUACAUGUAUACCACUCCUUAUAUAUUCUUAAAAGCAGUGUGUAAAACAAAAUUUCCCCUUAUACUAUAUCCUGUGAUACUUAUUA